UACGCUAGACACACAAUCACUUUUUUUACACUUUGACACUACUAAUAAUAAUGCAUAUAUGUGUAAACAAGGCUCGGCGGAGGCUCAUCUAGAGCUAAUUUCCCAAACCCUAAAAUGUACUACACUUUAAUUAUUUUUUCAACUCCUCAUUUCACUAUGCAUUCGUCCGCAUCAUGCUGCAAAACCACACCAUAACGUCGCAGUCUUGGGUCGCCAGUAUACAUAGAGUGAUCAGGGGUGUCGAUUUCACAACUUCCUUCGCCCUUGAUCAUUUUCCAUACUAUUUCCCAACUGUGGCGUUUGUUUAAUGCCACGUGGGCCGUUCUCCAGGAUGUGCGGAUAUAGAAAGCUUUCGAUUAGGCACCCUGUAACUGUCGUUCGCUGCUUUCCGUUGCAUGUCGCAUUUCGUCGCAAGGAAUGUCCCAUCCGCGAAACAGCAGCAUUUCCCUUGUGUUCUUGUGCGCGUCACUUUUUCGCGUGUAUUGGUGAGUUCCACUUUAGCGAAGCGCUUCUUCAAACGAGGCGCUCCUUCGUCGAAUCCCCCACAAUGCGAAAACCCUCGUCUGCGCCUCGGACGGCGGUCGCCGCACGGAGGCCAAGUUCAGCGUGGCCGGGCUUUUACGCUUCAAAUCUGCUUCGCGCAAAGCAAGCAUAGAGCUCGCCGGCGUUUUCCGCUCGUGGCGAGUAGUAGUCUCCGUUGCCGCGCCGUGGAGCCGUUUUCUUCGCGCCAAAUAACUGUAAUCUGCGCGCGGCGGCGAUGAGACCGGGGAGGACGCGCCUCUCCUUCUCAAGUCAGCCGCUCAAGGAAACCAGCGGCGGCUUGCACCUGCGACUCCCUCGCCGCCGCCGGCGUGUGGGCCGGGGAGACGAAGCGCGAGGGCGCGGCACCGGGCUGCGAGCGAGCAACGCACGCCGGCGCGCAGCUCUGGGGUCCGGAGACCGAGGAAACCGCGGCUUCGCGCGCCGGCGACGGCGGCGGCGCUGGGCGCGCGCACCGUGCCUCCGCGAGCAUCUCCCACUCUCCCAGAGAUCCGGCGUGAGGAAGAGGCGAAGGCCGAGGGCGCUCCGAAGCGCAGAGGCGGGCUGAGGUGCGUCGCAGGACGCAGGGCGGGGUCCCUCUUUGACCAGUCGCCGCGCGCAGAAGAGGAGCGGUCGAAGAGUCCCCGCCUCCCGGUGACGCGUGGACGCGCGUUUUUCCCGGCGUUCCACGGCGCGGAGUCCGAAGAGGGAGGAGGAUGCGGCUGGGACGCCGGGCGGCUUCGCCCGCGAGGGAGGCGGUGGCGAACGAGAGAGAAAGGGCGACGCUCUCGAGGAGGAGGAGGGCGAAAAAAAGAGGCGGCCAUGCCGGUCCAGCGUGGCGGCGCGCCUUGGGAGAAGGGAAGAGAGGCUUCGCGUAAAUCCCCCCGGCGCGGAGAGACGCGCGAGCCGGGUCGUGUGGCGGCGCGGCGAUGGAGUCCCUAAGCGACCCGCUGUGCCUGCAGGAUCUGGUGGCCGGCGGCGGCGGCGACCCGAUGACACCGUCCAUGACGCUGGCCACCCUUGCGCCGCCGGUGGCGAUGCACCAUCACCACCACCAUCACCACGCCGCCGCCAUGGCGGGUCACCCUCUGGGCGGCGCGCUCAACACGGCCUGCUCGGCCGUACUGCAGCAGCACCACGACGCCGAGCAGAAGAAGCGAGACUCCUUGUCCUUCUACUCAUCGAAACACGCAUACGACCGGAAAAGCCCAUAUUCGAUAUCGACGUCCACCGUGCUGCCGGACAAGGCUGCCGGCAGCAACGGCGUCGACGGCGGCGGGGGCCACAACGGUGCCGGCGGAGGGGGCGGCGGCGUCUCCUCGGAGGCCGACGACGACCCCAAGAAGAAGAAGCGGCAGCGGCGCCAGCGCACGCACUUCACGUCGCAGCAGCUGCAGGAGCUGGAAGCGACCUUCGCGAGGAACCGCUACCCGGACAUGUCCACGCGCGAGGAGAUCGCCAUGUGGACAAACCUCACCGAGGCCAGGGUCCGGGUGUGGUUCAAGAACCGGCGCGCCAAGUGGCGGAAGCGCGAGCGCAACGCCACGGCCGAGCUGAAGAACGGCUUCGGCAGCCAGUUCAACGGCCUGAUGCAGCCGUUCGACGACUCGCUCUACUCGGGCUACUCGUCCUACAACAACUGGGCCUCCAAGGUGCCCUCGCCGCUGGGCGCCAAGAGCUUCCCGUGGGCCAGCCCGCUGGUGCCCGGCGCGCAGGGCAUGGGCUGCUUCAACUCGCCGCCCGCGCCGCCCGGCAUAUCGUCGCCGUCCAUCGUGCCGACGCCCGGCAACGCGCUGAGCGCAGCGGGCGCGGCCGCCGCUGGUGCACCCUGCCCGUACGCGACGCCGGCCUCGCCGUACGUCUACCGCGACCAGAGCAUGACCUCGUCCAUCGCGUCCCUGCGGCUCAAGGCCAAACAGCACGCCGCCUCCAGUUUCAACACGUACAGCCCCCCGCGGCAGGCGAGCGCCUUGUCGCCCUCCUGCCAGUACGCCGACCGCACCAGCGUCUAAGACGGACCUGGUGUGUGUGGCCACGCGGGGCUGUGCGCUGCCGACAUGGACUCUGUCUUUCCUUGUCCCCCCUCCUCCCCCAGGUGUCGCUAGAGGCGUUCGGUUCGCGCUCUCGGUCUGCCGCGUGGACGUGUCUGCGGGUGCGUGUGGCGCUCCCAGAAGUCAGUGCGAACCGGCAACGCUGGCUGCACGCACGCGCAGACGAGUCCGUGCGGCGACCGGAGCAGGAAGCGGCGGGCGAGCGUUGUGGACUGGCACGCACCCGUGUUGGCGAGUCCAGACAACCAGCGUCUUCCCACGUGGACAUACGCGCACAGAUCCCCCAACCCCCUCCUUGUUGGCGUUUCUACACGGGAAACCGUUUUGCGCUCCAGGAAUGGACAGCCGAAUUUUUGUCGGAGCAGUCCGUCGCGGUUCACGAGAAGUCUUGAAAGUAUUUAAGAAACCCUCUCUCUGUGCUUCGCUGUGCUCUUAAGUGCUGCUGGAGACCAGGAUCCCAAUUCGCAAAGUUUUUCCUUCGUAACGAUUUCUUGCCAUUGGCCGCCAUCAUCGCUUUAUAAUAUCUCUGUUGCCACUUUUAGCUGGUUACGAACAGUUCUCAUGGCCAACCAGUGAUUGCAUUUGGUUAAUCUCCCUGUCUUUGCUUUUACCUCUCUCUCUCUUGCGCAAGUGAUUUCUUGUGAAUGCGGGCCCUCGUUUUCAGUGCCCUAUACAGCGCGAGGCGAUUUCUGCCCAUUAUGUUUGCGCCUUAAGUUUCCACCUCGUAGAACUGAUUUUCUUGAGAGAAUUGGGUCAUACCCUUGACUAAAUUAACGGGCUCCAGCUUGUUUUCUAUGUCAAAUGAAAAUAUACCAGAGGAAGACGAGUACGUUCCUCCAAAAGUCAAUGGAUUGAUUUUGAAAGAACCACUCCAGCGUUCUCAGCUUCAGCUUCACAGAUGUAAAUUCAGCAGAGAAGCUAAAGUUUUUAUAUCAUGGCACCUCUGUACCAGGAACGAGGGUUUUCUAUGUCAUUAUGCGUUGCGUGCUGAAAAGAAAUUACAAGUCUUCAUGCAGUGUCAAUGUUUGCUACAUUUUAUUUCUUUUUCCUCUCAAACUGUAAUGGUUUCGGAACGUUUAGACUCUUUGAAACCCCACAUAUCAGUCAAUUAACUCUAGUCGUAGCUGUAGAGGCGCAUCAUAUGUCCCAUUCUGCUCGUUACGCAAUUAAACAUUUCAUAUGUGAACAAAUUUUUAACUACGUGAUGGAAACAAGAAACGCAAGUAUACACCAGUAGUUGAGUGCUUUUGGCUCAGAAUGCACGCGCAUGGGCAUUUUACUUGGGCUGAGAGAAGUCGAUGCGAAUCUGUCAGCCAAAGCAAAUGCCACAUUUCGAAAAUUGACGUGCUUGUAACGUGGUCCGGCGUAUAGUUCAAAGUCCUCCCCGCCCCAUCCUUGAGCGCAAAGCAGUUUCUAGUGCGGUGCGAACAACCCUUUCUUUCUAAUCCGGCACGCUCGUUUGGUCCUCGAGGCAGGGGCCCACGGACGCUCUCUCGCAAACAGUCCUGGUGCCGAGCGGCCUCUGGAUUGUGGCGGCGACGAUUGCACCGCACGGUGGACUUGUCCGCGGCCAACGCCGCAGACGUCUUCGGACUUUUCCGACCUAGCCACUUGGCGGCGCGGCGCACAGCGUCGGAACUCUACCUGACUGCGUCGGAAGAUGUCGUCCUUUUCCACCUUGGCAGUUCUGCGGACGAACGCCAGUCAUUCUGUACACGGCGGCGGGACGUCGUCAAUCUUCGUGUGUGUGGUUGCAUGACUUUUGGGACACGCAAGUUCGCGUGCCGAAUGAGUCGUGUGUGUUUGUUUUUCUUUUCUUGUGUCGCGUGUACGUUCUUUGCACGCUUUCUGUGUAUACGCUGUUGAUAUGAAGCACCAUUUCAGAUCACUACACAUGUGGACGUGUAGUUAUCUGGAAUGCUUGCUGUGUG